GCCCACUUGAGGCAGCACAAGCUCCAGGGCCUCAGGCCCUCACAAAACAUUUGGCAAAGUCUGGACAUUCAGGUCAAAAAUCUGACACACCCCCCCCGCAGUAAAAACACGAAAUCACGUCCCAGAUGGGGAUAAGGGCCUGCUGUCCACAUCUCUUCCCUGAGCUGCCCACUUGGGGCCAUGGCGCUGCCAACAAAGCCUAGCAUGAUUGAUCUGGGCCUGGGCACCUGGAGCCCUAGCUCCCAGGAGCAGAGCCACAGGGCUCGGGCACCCUCCAGGGGUGUUGGCAAGCAGCUGCCUGAGUACAAGGCCGUGGUAGUGGGCGCAAGUGGCGUGGGAAAGAGCGCGCUGACCAUCCAGCUGAACCACCAGCGCUUCGUGGAAGACCACGACCCCACCAUCCAGGAUUCCUACUGGAAGGAGAUGGCCCUGGAUCACGGAGGCUGCAUUCUGAAUGUGCUGGACACGGCAGGGCAGGCCACUCAUCGGGCCCUGCGUGACCAGUGUGUGGCGAUCGGGGAUGGUGUGCUGGGUGUCUUCGCCCUCGAUGACCCCUCGUCUCUAGCCCAGCUGCAGCAGAUGCGGGCCACCUGGGGCCCACACCACACCCAGCCCCUCGUCCUUGUGGGCAACAAGUGUGACCUUGUGACCACCACCGGAGAUGCUCGUGCUGCUGCUGCAGCCCUCGCAAAGAGCUGGGGGGCCCCUUUUGUGGAGACCUCAGCCAAGACACGCCAAGGUGUGGAGGAGGCCUUUUCCCUGCUCAUCCAUGAGAUCCAAAGAGUCCGGGAGGCCAUGGCAAAGGAGGCCAUGGCAGGGCCAGGUGGGGAUAAAGGCCGGCACCAGAAGGCCAUGUGCCGCUGUGGCUGCUCCGUGGCCUGAAGUUCUUGGUCUAGAAAAGUGGACCCUCCCCCAGACCAGGGUGGUGGUUCCUUCACUUGAGACCCGCCUGCCCCCCCCCCCCCCGCUCCCCGACCCCAGCAACUAGCUGUGUGGGACACUGUCGGUGUACUGGGGAUAGAUGGACCCUUCUCCUGGGGAGGUUUUCUUUUGGUGAUGGGCUUUUUGGCAAUGUGGGGCCGUAGCGUUGGUUAUAUGUCAUGUGAAGUUGAGAGAUUGUGUGGAAAAUUAAA